AUGCCUUCGCCUUCCAAUUCUGACGAGCUGAUAUUUUUUGUGAAUGGAAAAAAGGUCAUAGAGAAGAGUGCUGACCCUGAAACGUCUCUACUGUCCUUCGUGAGGAAAGUUCUACGCCUCACAGGCACUAAAUAUGGCUGUGGAGGAGGAGGCUGCGGAGCCUGUACGGUGAUGGUGUCAAGAUACGACCCCAAGAGCAAGAAGAUCCACCACUACCCAGCAACAGCAUGCCUGGUGCCCAUCUGUUCUCUGCAUGGAGCAGCCAUCACCACCGUGGAAGGUGUGGGAAGCAUCAAAAAGAGGGUUCAUCCUGUGCAGGAACGGCUUGCCAAGUGUCAUGGCACACAGUGUGGAUUCUGCAGUCCCGGGAUGGUGAUGUCCAUCUACACACUGCUCAGGAACCACCCUGAACCGACGCCUGAACAGAUCACUGAAGCUCUUGGAGGUAAUUUGUGCCGAUGUACUGGAUAUCGACCAAUUGUAGAAAGUGGGAAAACUUUCUGUGGGGAAUCUACUGUGUGCCAAAUGAAAGGAUCAGGAAAAUGCUGCAUGGACCAAGACGAGGGGUCUUUUGUGAGCAGAGAGGAAAAGAUGUGUACCAAACUGUAUAAUGAAGAUGAAUUCCAGCCCUUCGAUCCAUCCCAGGAACCUAUAUUUCCUCCUGAACUGAUCCGAAUGGCAGAAGACCCAAAUAAGCGGAGGCUGACAUUCCAAGGGGAGAGGACCACCUGGAUCAUGCCUGCGACCUUGAAGGACCUUCUGGAACUGAAAGCCAGUUACCCCAAAGCCCCACUUGUCAUGGGGAACACCACAGUGGGACCCAAUAUUAAAUUCAAAGAUGAAUUCUAUCCAGUUUUUAUAUCCCCACUUGGACUUCCGGAACUAUAUUUUGUGAACACCACAAAUGAUGAGGUGACAAUAGGGGCAGGAUACAGCCUGGCGCAGUUGAACGAUGCCUUAUAUUUUAUUGUUUCGGAUCAACCAAAGGAGAAGACCAAGACCUAUCAUGCCCUCCUGAAGCAUCUGAGGACACUUGCAGGACCCCAGAUUAGGAAUAUGGCUACUUUGGGAGGACAUGUGGUAAGCCAACCUAAUUUUUCUGACCUAAAUCCCAUUUUAGCAGCAGGAAACGCUACCAUCAAUGUGAUAUCUAAAGAAGGAACUCGGCAGAUUCCUUUAAAUGGCCCUUUCCUUGAGGGCUCCCCCGAGGCCAACCUGAGACCAGAAGAGGUUGUGCUGUCCAUUUCCAUUCCUUAUUCCACUCAGUGGCACUUUGUGUCAGGGCUUCGGAUGGCACAACGUCAGGAAAAUGCCUUUGCCAUUGUCAAUGCUGGCAUGAGUGUGAAAUUUGAAGAAGGCACGAACACAAUCAAAGAUCUUCAAAUGUUCUACGGACACGUUGGCCCCACUGUUGUCUCUGCAAGCCAAACAUGCAAGCGGCUCAUCGGGAGGCAGUGGGAUGACCAAAUGCUGAGUGAGGCAUGCAGAUGGGUUCUGGAGGAGAUCCGCAUUCCACCAGCAGCUGAGGGUGGCAUGGUGGAAUUUCGGAGGACCCUCAUCAUCAGCCUACUCUUCAAAUUCUACCUCAAAGUGCGGCGAGGGCUGAACAAAAUGGUAAAUGACUUCUCUGGGUCCCUGGAUCCUCAGAAGUUUCCUGAUAUCCCAGAAAAUUUCGUGAGUGCUCUGGAUGACUUCCCCAUACAAACACCCCAAGGAAUUCAGAUGUUCCAGUGUGUGGAUCCCAAACAACCCCAACAAGAUCCAGUUGGACACCCAGUCAUGCACCAGUCGGCCAUUAAACAUGCCACAGGAGAAGCUGUAUUUGUUGAUGACAUGCCUCCCAUUGACCAAGAACUCUUCCUUGCUGUAGUAACCAGUACCAGAGCUCAUGCAAAGAUCUUAUCAAUUGAUAUUUCAGAAGCCCUGGCAUGUCCAGGUGUGGUUGAUGUGAUUACAGCUGAGGAUGUUCCAGGAGAUAAUAACCACAGUGGAGAGAUUUUAUAUGCACAUAAUGAGGUAAUUUGCGUGGGUCAGAUCAUCUGCACCGUGGCUGCGGAUACCUAUGCUCAUGCAAAAGCCGCAGCCAAACAAGUGAAGAUUGCUUAUGAAGACAUAGAGCCAAAGAUUAUCACAAUAGAGCAAGCCCUAGCACACAAUUCUUUUCUUUCUGAUGAGAGAAAAAUUGAGCAAGGAAACGUAGAGCAUGCCUUUGAAAAUGUGGAUCAAAUCAUUGAAGGUGAGGUCCAUGUGGAAGGUCAGGAGCAUUUUUACAUGGAAACACAAACUAUUCUGGCUAUCCCCAAAGCAGAAGACAAAGAAAUGGUGUUACACCUGGGAACACAGUUUCCAACCCAUGUGCAGGAGUACGUGGCUGCAGCACUAAAGGUCCCAAGGAGUAGAAUCGCCUGUCAUAUGAGAAGAACUGGAGGAGCAUUUGGGGGCAAAGUGACCAAGCCCGCUCUGCUGGGAGCUGUCAGUGCUGUGGCUGCCAACAAGACUGGCCACCCAAUCCGGUUUAUCCUAGAGCGUGGUGAUGACAUGCUGAUAACUGCUGGCCGCCACCCUCUCCUGGGAAAAUACAAAAUCGGGUUCAUGAACAACGGGGAGAUCAAGGCUGCUGACGUUGAGUAUUACAUCAAUGGAGGGUGCACUCCUGAUGAGUCUGAGCUGGUGAUGGAGUUUAUUGUGCUGAAAUCUGAAAAUGCAUAUUAUAUUCCAAAUUUCCGGUGCCGGGGCAGGGCCUGCAAAACAAAUUUGCCAUCUAACACGGCCUUCCGAGGAUUUGGCUUCCCUCAGGCUACGGUGGUAGUAGAAGCUUACAUCAGUGCUGUGGCAGCUAAAUGUAACCUACUCCCUGAAGAGGUUAAAGAAAUAAACAUGUAUAAGAGAACUAGCAAAACAGCUCAUAAGCAGACAUUUAAUCCAGAACCCUUGCGAAGAUGCUGGAAAGAAUGUCUGGAGAAGUCAUCAUUCUAUGCAAGGAAACAGGCUGCAGAGGAAUUUAACAAAAAGAACUUCUGGAAGAAGAGGGGGCUUGCUGUCGUCCCCAUGAAGUUUACCAUUGGAAUCCCCAUAGCCUUCUACAAUCAGGCAGCUGCUCUGGUCCACAUCUACUUAGAUGGCUCUGUCUUGCUGACUCAUGGUGGCUGUGAACUGGGACAAGGCCUACACACCAAAAUGAUUCAAGUGGCUAGUCGAGAACUGAACAUCCCCCAGUCCUACGUGCACCUGUCUGAAACAAGCACCAUCACGGUGCCCAAUGCCAUCUUCACAGCAGGCUCCAUGGGAACAGACAUCAACGGGAAGGCUGUGCAGAAUGCCUGCCAAAUUCUUCUGGACCGUCUUCAGCCAAUCAUCAAGAAAAACCCUAAAGGAAAAUGGGAGGAAUGGAUUGGAAAAGCCUUUGAAGAAUCCAUCAGUCUCUCAGCCACUGGAUAUUUCAAAGGCUACCAGACAAAUAUGGACUGGGAAAAGGAGGAAGGUGAUGCCUACCCAUACUAUGUUUAUGGUGCAUCCUUUUCUGAGGUUGAAGUGGACUGUCUGACUGGGGCUCAUAAGCUCCUGAGAACUGAUAUCUUCAUGGAUGCUGCUUUCAGCAUAAACCCUGCCCUGGAUAUCGGACAGGUUGAGGGUGCAUUUAUCCAAGGCAUGGGAUUCUAUACCAUAGAAGAACUGAAAUACUCCCCGGAAGGUGUGCUCUAUUCUCGGGGUCCAGAUGACUACAAAAUCCCCACGGUCACUGAGAUACCAGAAGAAAUCUCGGUCACUCUGGUGCACUCUCAAAAUCCCAUAGCCAUAUACUCAUCCAAGGGAUUGGGUGAGGCUGGAAUGUUCUUGGGGUCCUCAGUGUUGUUCGCUAUAUAUGACGCAGUGAGUGCUGCCCGCAGAGAGAGGGGCCUGAGCAAUACCUUCCCCUUGAAUAGCCCAGCAACACCUGAAGUCAUUCGCAUGGCCUGUGUGGAUCAGUUUAUUGACAUGAUUCCCAGUGAUGACCCUUCAACCUUUACUCCGUGGUCCAUCCAUGUGUCUUAG